UGCCGGCGGCGGCGGCGGCGGAGGCUCGGGGCCCCUCCCCCAGAAGAUGGCGAGUCCGUGCGGGAGGCAGGAGUGCUCCAUCGAGAGGCGCGGCUUCCGCCACCAGCUCGACUCGUGGCGACACCGGCUGCUGCGCUGUGUGGGAUUUGAAAGUAUUCUAGAAGGGCUGUUUGGACCUGAAUUAUUAAAAGAUCUGAGUUUGUUUAAAGACUUUGAGCCUGAAGGUGUCUCUGAUUGGUCUUUUGAUGAAAAUUGUCUUUUCUGCUGUUUGAGACGAGAGAAAGUGAAGGAACACUUAGUCAGUCUGGAUGAGCCAGCUUUGGAAGUUGGGCACCAAGCUCUGCUUAGACAAGAGCAAGCGAAAAUCAUUCGGUUCGAGAGGCAAGCGGAAGAAUUUAUCCAUGCAGUCUUUUAUCGAAAAGACAGUCAUAGGGUCUCUGACCCCAACAUUCCCCUAGUGGCCCGUGAGAUCAUGCAGCGGAUGAUUCGACAGUUUGCUGCUGAAUAUACCUCAAAAACUAGCUCUACUCAGGACUCCAGCUCGCCCAAUAGCACAAAGAACCAAAGCCUGCUGAAAGCAUCUCUGGUAGCCUCAUCCCCUGUGGGUGCAACGGCUCAAAAUCCUGUGCUCAGCAAACUUCUCAUGGCUGACCAGGACUCGCCCUUGGACCUCACUGUCAGAAAGUCUCAGUUGGAUCCUAGCGAACAAGACGGAGUACUUGAUCUGUCCACUAAGAAAAGUCCAUGUGCAGGCAGCGCCUCCUUGAGCCAUUCACCUGGCUGCUCCGCUACUCCUGGGAAUGGGCGACCUGGGAGACCCAGCCAGCACCAUGCAGAGGGACUUCGGAGUGGUGAUGGGGUGCCCCCGAGAAGUUGGCAGGAUGGAACGAGGGAAGGGUCUGGCCACUCCACAUCUCUCAAAGUUCCAUUGGCUCGAUCACUGCAGAUAAGCGAAGAACUGCUGAGCAGAAACCAGCAUGCUACAGCUGCCAGCCAUGGGCCGACUGGGCUGCAGAAUCACGGACAGCACAUGAUACUAUCCAGGGAGGCUUCUUGGGCAAAACCACACUACGAAUUCAACUUCACCCGAAUGAAAUUCAGGGGAAACGGUGCACUCAGCAACAUCAGUGACCUUCCUUUUCUUACAGAAAAUUCAGCCUUUCAAAAAAUGGCACUUCAAACUAAACAGGAUGGGAAAAAGGACAUGAGCCAUUCAACUCCUGUGGAUUUAAAGAUACCACAAGUUCGAGGCAUGGACCUUUCAUGGGAGUCCCGUUCUGGCGACCAGUAUAGCUAUAGCUCUUUGGUGAUGGGUUCACAAACGGAGAGCGCGCUUAGUAAAAAGUUAAGGGCUAUCCUUCCGAAACAAAACAGAAGGAGCUUGCUGGAUCCCGGACCAGACUCCUGGGGCUCAGAUGCUGAGCAAUCUACCUCUGGACAGCCAUAUCCCACCUCUGAUCAAGAGGGAGAUCCUGGCUCUAAGCAACCUCGGAAGAAAAGAGGCAGAUACAGACAGUACAACAGUGAGAUAUUGGAAGAAGCGAUCUCUGUGGUGAUGAGUGGGAAAAUGAGCGUCUCCAAAGCUCAGAGUAUUUAUGGGAUUCCCCAUAGCACCCUGGAAUAUAAAGUGAAAGAGAGGCUGGGCACUUUGAAAAACCCUCCAAAGAAAAAAAUGAAAUUAAUGCGGUCGGAGGGACAGGAUGUCUCUGUAAAGCUUGAGAUAGAUCCCCAGGGAGAGGCAGCACAGAGUGCGAAUGAGUCAAAGGAUGAUUAGGGAUGUUGUAGAGUGCCAAUUACAUUAUAAACUGGGUGAGCACUAUGGCAUUGUUCAACUCCUGCUGUAUGUACCCAACUCCUCUUCAGUCACUGGGUGCAGGACAUGCUCCUUUGCAGUUCAGCAAAGACUUGUGUGGACACAGGGGGAAAAGGGUGCUCUGAAUGUUGCAUAUUUGUAAAUUUUCUGGCCCGGAAUGGCUUAGAGCCCUCUUUUGUGUUUUUGUUUUGUUUUGUUGUUGGGGGAUAUAUUUUUUUUUGGCCUUUUGCAUGUUUCUCUAAUAUUCUAUAGAGAAUUGAGUUACCUCACAAAGAAUGCAGACAUGGAAGUGGACUGUUUGCCUCUUGAGCCUGCAUGGACUUUCAGUUAUUUUAUUGGGUUUGCUUUCUUCAUAUGGCCUUUUAAAAAAAAAUCACUUUCUUGAGCUCUAGUACCAGACUUGUGAAACAAAAACUGGAUAAUUGCUUAUAAUUAGGCUUUCACAGUUUUUUUCUUCUUUGAUCCAGUUGGCUUGAAAGAGAGUUUAACCUUUUUAAGUAUGGCUAGUCAUUUUUAAUUCAGUGAUUAGUGAUUGGAUUCCUAGUCAAUUGGGUCUAAUCGGAGCCAUUUUGUUUUAAAUUCAACUCCUCCUUUACUAUUUGCAAUCUGCUUAGUGCUCACCCGGCGGGGCGGGUGGGAGUGGGAUGGGGGAACUUUACAUACACUACCUUCAGAAUGCUUUGGUUCAUUCCUUUGGAACACUACCUUCACUGUAAUUGUGUUUGUUCUUUUGCAAAGGCGAGAGAGUUCAGCUUGCCUGCUUGAGGAUGUAGCCUUAUCUCAACACUCCAUUCAGGAGCAUCAGGGUACAUUGAAUGAUAUACUAGGGUAUUCCUCACUUUAACAAAAUAAUGGCUUUUUUGUGACCUACGUGCUUUUUAACAGACUGGAUUCUGAGUUUGCUAAACUGUGCGUUUCCAACAUCUCGUUUAAAGAACUCUCUUCUGGGAGUCAGGAAUACAUAUAACAGCUUACUGUAAUCUUGGGCAAAAAACAAACAAAAAUCCUCAUCAAACCAACUGAUCUCUAAACAUACAACCUCAAUAGUCUGCCUAAAUAGUCAUGUAAAUGAAGGAUCUAUGUUAAUGUUCAGGGAAGAAAUUUUUACAAAUUUUAAUAAAACCCAUUAUCAGAUCACUCUGGUCUGACUUAGGCUGAGCAUCUUAUCUAGUUGUAACACUGUCAGGGUUGAACACCCAAUGGGUGUUUCCUUUUUAAAUACUACAGUUGCCAGUAGCAGGAAAUGUGCUUGCAUAUCCUGAAUUUCUGUUUUUAUUUCAUCCACUAUUGAUUUUAAUAGGGGACUAGCACACACUCGCAUAGGCAGAUCACCACUAGCACUCCUAAAUCCACAGUUCAGUCUUGUUAGUUGCAGAGGCAUCUGAACAUUCUUACAUGUUAAGCUUUAAAUAAAGCUUUCUGGACUUGCAGCUUCACUGAAUCAGACUUAAUGGUUCUUUGGGUAGAGAAACAAUUUAAUCUUAGCUGUGCAAAAGAUUGGUAAGACUCCACUCUACUGCUUUGCACAACCAAAAGAGGCAAUGGAAUUUGUAUGUGAGACAUCAUUUGAGCACUGUUCUUAAUUAGUUAUCCUGUGUUAAUGACUGAAAGUGGAUGCUAAGAUUCAUAGGAAGAAGGCCUAGAUAGCCCCAGGGCUGCUGCUUGAAUUUGGGGGCAAUUAAUUGAGUUGGCCUUCUUGAUUGGUUGAUUGCUUCCCAGUAACCCACUGUAUUCAAAGGUUAGGCACACCAUUGCUGUCGUGUUAAAUAUGCACUUCUCAUUCUUGAGAGAGACUGGGCUUUUGGCCCAGAUAUGCUUUGUACUACUGUUCUUAGACUUUCCUUUUUGUUUUGGUAGCUUAAUGUGUUUCCAUACUCAAAAGCAGAGUUCCUUUAGCUAUCUAGGUGUCAUCUCAGUACAGAAACCUGUUUGAAGCUCCAUAGUGGUGUAGAAACUCUGCAAUAUACUCCAGUUUUUCUGGAAAUUGCAAUAAAAAUGCACUGUUUUAAAUUUGUGGUUUCAUCUGCUAUUGAAAGUGUGGGAGAAGAUUUGCUGCAAGCUAGAAGUGUAACACUUGCAUAGAGUUUUACUGUCAGAGGUUUAACCUUUUGUGGCUGUUUUUAUUUAAGUGAUGUAUGAGUUGAGUUCCGUAAAACCUUGUCAUAGUGUAUGUGGAGUGCUCAUUUUACUUACCUAAAUAUUUUCUAUGUGUAUCAUUAAGUGGAUGACAAUCGUGCAGCAGAAAAAUGGUGUGCCUACCCUUUAAUGCUGCAGUUUAGAAAGAGAACUACUUGUACGUCAUUUCAGACCAUAGGUUGAGAACUGUAAAUAGAUAGUGAUAGUUGCGUAUUCUUAUUGCUUUGGUUAGAAAAUGAAUUAAACAACCAAACACUUAAUUUUCUCAGAUUAAAGUCCUGGGACCUGACGAUUGUAAGAUUCCUAUCUGCAAAGCUUUGAAAUAUAACACUUAAUAUCUGUGAUCACUUCCUAUUCAGGUAAAAAAAAAAUCCCAGAAGCUUUGGAACAACCAUAUUUCCUCAAAAGGUCUCUGCUUAAAAAAAAAGAAAAGGAAAAAGUAGGUUAUUUUUAAAGCACUAAUUGCAUUACUUUUGUAAUUGCAAUAUAAAAUAGCCAUUAUUGUUUUGUGAAGCAUGGUUGAAAUUAGUUAGUUGUCCCUUUCUAAAAUUUCAGAAGCCUCUCAAAAAUAAACAAAAAGCUGCUGAAUAUUCAAAAGAUAUAAAUAUAUCUAUAUUUUACCUUAUUGUAGGUUUUGUAAACUUAGUCUGUAAUAUUCAGGUGCACCUUUUUAAUGUUUAACUUUUGUUUAAGACUUCAUCUCACCUGUUUUUGCCCAGGUGGCUCAUCCUGUGACUGUAUCUCACUCUAGAUCCUAAGUGAUUCACUGAAGUAAGACUGCUCUGACAGAUGCCUUUGGUGCAGCUUUGAGUAGCAUUUGGGAGCAUCUUUCCUGUUAGGAAAAAAUGGAAUCAGUGUUUAUCCAUUAGCAUGCUUAAUUUUCUGCUGAACAGAAGUUUGCAUGGCCAAAAUCCUCAACUGACCAUAGUUUGAUGUGGAAAGAUGUGGUUCGCUGCUGUCUUUGUAAGAGAAGCCUUGUUUUCUCCUGUUUUCCAGUAAAUGGAUGCUCAUGUAACUUGCGCAAGACAUAGGGCUUAGCUUAGGCCUUGUUUUCCCUGUCGUUUUUGAGAGCAUAUUAAGGGGACAAGCCAAGUGCAAUGCUCCAGAAAUGGUGAAGUCUUUGGGAGGAAGAACUGGACAUUUUGAUCACAUGUGUGUUAGAUCCAGAACCAAAAUUUGGUGGAAUUAUUGUGUAUCUGUUGACGGUGUCAUGUGCACCUGGAUGACAGAAUGAAACUGUGAACAGUAUUUGUGGCAGCCUCUGCUUAUACAGACCAGGUAUCAUGAAGGAUAGGUUCUCCCUCUACUCCCAGCCUAGAAGACUAAUGUUAGAGUGUGUUUGUGUAACGUUUAAAAUCAAGUUCACUAUUGUACUGGAAUUUAGAUGUUGCUUGGUGACCUUUUGCUACAGCAGGUUAUACAGAUGAGUAAGGCUUAGUGUUGUAGGGGUACAAGUGUGGAGUUAAUUAUUGUGCAGUUCUGUGGAGCGAGCCCAGUGUGUAGAAAAUGUAUCAGUUUUUACUUGGAUCUGUAAAAUAUAAAAGCUCUUUCCUGGCGAUCUGAUACACUAUUACCUCUGUCAGCCAUUCUAGAACCUCAUUUUCUGUGCCCCAGGCCUUUUUGUUUUCACUACAGCUAUAAAGAAUGGAAGUUGUAGGGUUUGGACUGUUGCCCUUACUUUAUAUAUAGAUAUAUAUAUAUAUAAUCUCCAAACUCCUGAGUUUAUUAAAAGAAUUGAAAGAUAACUCCUCCAGGGGCACGAAGAUCCUCUUCUUGCAUUAGCCAAAUGCCCCAAGAAUAUGCCCUUGCUUCUGUAUGGCCCUAGGACUGCUCCAUACUGCCUGCUGCUCUGCCUCCAAAGGAAAGGCCUAGUCUGAAUGUUUUCUUAAAUAUUUUCUAAUGCAAAUCUGGAAUAAAUUUUCAUUAUCCUUUAAGAAUGAGAUGUACCUUAUAAACAUGGUCGUAGUUCAGGUCUGCUUUGUUUCCUGUGGCUUAUCCCAAAGCAUAUUGACAAAUGAUGAGGCAGUUUGAACUAUGAUCUCAGAUGACACCAUGAUUGCUCAGAAACUGUCAGGAAUUAUUUAUGCAUUUUUUUUUAAAAAAAAAAUUGUUUUCCCCAUGAAAACCUCCACACAUUGGCUGUAUUUGUGAUCUCAUUGACAUCAUGCUAUUGAUGUCUCAUGGUAAGCUCCUUAGCAAGCCAAAAAAAUGGAAAGGGAGUCAAAUUUCAUUGUGGUGUUGACAGGGAAAAGCAGAUUCCACCCUCCAUGUAUAAUAAAUUUAGGAUGAAAUCUUCCUAAAGUCUCUGAGUGUCUCAGAGGUGAUAAAGAGGAUAAAGGCAUGGCACCUGAGUGGGUUGGGGAAGCAUUCCUAGCAUCCCCCUUUCUUAUCCAAAAGCACUUUGCUAGAACUCUAAAACAGAAGCUUUUAAAAGUCUAGCUUUCAGCCCCAUAGUGGGAUGGUUCACAUAUUAGCCAAGGCUGCUUGAAGGACUUGGGCAGUCUUGAAAAGAUAAACUUGACAUAAAAAUAAUUUUUUCAUAUGUUUUCAGGCAAAAAAAUAGGUGCUUCUAGGAAGUUAUAGGGUGUCCAUUCUUUGUGGAUCAGGCAUCUUUUGCUUUUCUCCCUCGCAGUUUCAGAAAUGUAAUUAAAAAAAUUAACUUCCCUGCUGUCUGCAAAUUACACAUUUUGCAGUUGGCUUUUAUAACACAUGGGUGUCUAAUGGCUUUCAUAGUUGAAUUUUAAAACACUGUGAUUUAGCACCAUUUAAACAAGUCUAGUCUCCUUCUAAAUUCGCAUGUUCUCUCCUUCUCUCCACACUUUCUACAGAAGGAGCUCAGAAACAUUUGCUUUUGGUUUUAGCUAACUGUGGUAUGUUUCAUUCAAGCUAGGGUUUGUGGUUCAACACAGACUGGUUAGUUUAAAAAUAAGCCACUUUCAAACCAUGAGUUAAGCACCUGGCUUCGUGACGUUAGCCAAAGUUAGUGUUAGACAACAAUCCCCAGUUAGGAUGAAGCGGCACACCGUACUUAACUAAAAGCAAACCAAAGCUUUUAAAUUCUUCCCUGCUGUGCAGCAGGAAUGAGGAGAGGAAAUACAUGAGCCCGGCAGGAGGCGAGGCUCAUUCGCAUAAUACUGAACCAUAGUUUAACAUUAUGCCCAAAUGUGGUCAUUAUAUCUGUGCUUUCCAAGUUUUUUUGAUAAGUGAACAGUUUGUUAAAUUGUCGUGAUAUAUACCAGGGUUGGCCAAAUCUGGGCAGUUCAAGAUUGUGAACAGAAAAUCACUGAUGGAGAAUUUGGUGUACUAGAGAUAGAGAUUUUCUGUUCACUCCUUCCAUCAAAAGCUUGCAGCUUCGCAUUAGGUCCAAAGGAGACAAAGAGAAAAAAGCAGUUGUAGAUAUUUGGGCCUCUGACAUCGUGGGCUGAUAGGCAGAAGGAAGGAGCUGCAGACUGACCAGGGUCUGGGCCUGAUCUAGGGCUUGGAAGAGAGGGAAGGAUUUAGAGAUUUGCAUCUUUUGGCCCUUUAGCCUUAUGGAGUUCUCAAAUGUAGAACUUUGGCAACUUCCUUGGAAAUACACCAUAGAAUAUCUAGUCAUAAACUGAAAUUUUGCAAGUGAGCAAGCUUUUGUUGAAGUCUAAAAUUAUGCAGAUGUAGUUUAAUUGGAUGUAACAAGUAUUGUAAUGUUACUUUUUGCAAAUUUGUGGAUGAAUCUAUGUAGGCACCUAAAAUAAUCCACAGAUGCACUCAAAAUUCCAGAGAAAUAUAAACUCAAGUUGUUGGCCACUGCAGCAUCUUUCUGACAGAUAUCUAGAUUUGAUUUAGUCAGUUUGUAUAAGUCAGUAAUAUUUUCAAGCCUGCAAAAUUACCUGCAAUUAGGUAAUGGCCUGAAAACAUUCAUUAUAAAAUUCUCAAAUUAUUAACCUGAUUGCACAAUCCGUUUUUAUUAAUACAAAGUUUUUUAAAAAAAGAUCCUUGGAAGAUUAGAUGUUCCAUCUCUUUAUACAAUAAAUACAUUGCGUCUUUGGUCGCUAGUUUAUAAAAAUCUGACUUAAGUAUUUCCUCUCCCACUCUAAAAUUGUGGACAUGCCACUUCAGCCUCUAAUGUACCUCACAUUUGGUGCUACACUCAUCAGACCUUUACAGACUUGAUAGAAAGAUAGAUAGACCAUUAAAGCACUUGUCUGACCUGUUGUUGUUUUUUUUAAAAAAAGACAGAAAAGGGACCUUUCAGCACUUUUACUGUUACAACUAGAGUCUUAAUUUAUCUGGUCUUCAGAGUCUAAGGUACUGUAAAAGUUUCAGUCCAGGAAUUUUAUAAUGUUCAGGCAGCUUCUGGGUGUACUCGCAUGAUAUUUUAAUUAAACAUUUCAGUAGACCAUUUCAGGGCUUUAAGGUUUGGGAUCUAAAUGGGGGAGGCUAGGUAAAGUUUCCCAAAUGAAGAAUAGUUUUAGACCAUUGUGUAGUGCUCAGUUUGAAAGUAUAUCACUAGGAAAAUGGGUAGGGAUUCUCUCUCCCUUUUGUCUUCAGGGAAUGAGCAGUAUUUAGAAUCUUUGGCUGAAAUUCAAGCCUUUUUACCAUGUAAAUUUUUAAUAUAAAUUCACUGACAUGCUUUUUACAUCAGAGGACUGAAAAUGGAUCUUAAUGUUUAAGUUGUCGAAUGGUAUAUUUCUUAAAUGAAGGGGGAAAUUAAAAAAAAAACCAACUAGAUUAGCAUACCAGCAUUAGUGAUCUUAAGGGAUUUUAGUAUGUAAUAGGAAAGUCUUUGAUUAAAAAUCUAAUCUUGAAUUGCUAGUCUGUAACUAGGUGCAUUCUACAUUAGCAGGUGAAACUUCUUUACUUGUCGAGAGAGGGUAGAUGGCGGCUGUCAUAUGCCCUAGCAUCAGAAAAAUCGAUUACAGACUGCAGCCUCUCAGAGUCCCAUUGGGUGGUUAUAUCCAUGGGAUUUUUGCUUACAGCAGCUUACUGCUGCUUAAACAUGUAUAAAUAUGUUUUGAGUGUUUGCUCAUAACUCUUUCUAACCUCCACUUGUUAAAUUGUCAAAUGUUGGUAUUUUAUCAGUCCGCAGUGUAAGUUAUAAACUAACGUGCUUAGGAUUCCAGCUUGUACACACACUGUUUGAAAACCCUCAGGGACAGUUUACACACUACCCUCACUCAAUUCAGGUACUUGUACACUAUUCUUAAACCUAGCAGUGACUUGUAUUUUGUUUUUGCUUUUCUUUUGAUGUGCUAAUAGCACAUCCUUGAUGAAUGUCAACUUAAACUCAGUUCAGGUAUCCAGGUAUAACUCAGCCAAACGGAUUUUAAAGCUGCAUAUUACUCUCCAGCACGCAGUGCCUCAGACACGUAGUGGCAUUCUGUAUAUUCAGUUAUUACUACUGAGCAAGAUCGCAUGGGGGUUCCUGAUAAUUAUGUAUUGUAAGAAAUUUCUAUAUAUAGUAUGUGUAUUAUGUUAUAUACAUAUAUAUUAUAUAUGUAAUCUUAAACGUAUAUAUUUAAAAAUGCCACUACCAAGCCAGCACAGCUAAUGUCAAAUACAUUCCUGGCUGUCCCUGUAAAUGGAACAGGGGCAGCUUCUCAGUACGGCUGUGGUUUCUCCUUCAUCCCAGGUACUUCUAAACUUGAGCCCUGGCCCUUGGGUGUCUGACCUCUACAUUCUAGUUAUGCAAUGUCUCUAGGAAUUCUGUGCACUGGCCACUGUGAUGGAAGCCAAUGGGCCAGAUGGGCUUGAGUUUAUUAGUAACCCUUCUGCCAAAGUUGGUGUUUUAUGGCAAGAGUGUAAAACUUUCAAAUAAUCAGCAGCAGCACAUAGAUUGUGGGAGCACAUGAUCGCGCCUACCUUUAUGCUCCUUGUCGGGCGUGUCACCUCUUGUGCCGCGCACUAAUUGUGAGUGUGUUGGCAUUUCACGCCUGUAGUGGUGGGUCUGUUUGCUGAGCAUGUGUGGAACACAUUAAAAUAAAGCCUGCUGCUCGCACCAGCAUUAAUUUCACCGUAACUGUGCGUCAGCAAUGCCUCUGCUUUAUUAUUUGAUGCUUUACACCUUAGAAAGUUCUAUUUAUGUAGAGUAUGGAAAAAUGGCAUUUUUCACAGACCUCUAAAAGUACAAGUGUCAUGGAAAAAUAAAGCAGGAACCCCCUUUUUAAUCUAUGGACCUCAUUUCAAUAUACUGUUUACAGUUUGACGGAAUUGUAUAAUUUAAUAUUUCUCUUGUACUGUAGUUUGUAUUUAUUUACAGAUUUUUUUUGUACUGUGUGAUUUGAACUUUUUUGUUCCUUGCUAUGAUCAACAUUUUAUGUAGUAGAGCACUUAUGAUCACAAAUUAAGGUUUUGGUUUGAUUGCACUACAUUUAAUUUUUAAUGCAGUUCUGAUUUUUUGACUGGACUAAAUAAGCUGUGUCUUAAUGUAUGUGAUAAGUACUUAUAAAUUUUUAAUUCACGUGGUCCACUUUUUUUUUUUUUUUGCAUUGUAUGUCAAAAGCGCUGAUUCUCUCGUUGUGCAUGUGUAAGGGUUUAACAGCCCUGUUGUAUUCUUUGGCCAUGUCAUUUUGAAAACACAUUCCCAGCUGUAACGUGUAUGGUAGUUUUCACUGGAUGCUAGACUUUUCAGAACCACUAUUCUUCUAAUAAAUUUUGUUGUGAAAACUUGAA